AGAGGGUUCGCUCAUCCUCGGAUUCAGCACUCACCUAUCAGGUGCCCAGCAACUGCUGGGAUCCAGAUGUGGGUAGGACGUAGUCCUUGCCUUUCGGUAGCUCCCAGCCUAGUGGGGAAGGCGGACUGCAGCCAUUAGUUAAGUACAGCUUGAUAGGUUUUACAGUUGAGACGUGUUCGAGGCCCGUGGACUGCACAUGCAGCAUUAAGAAAGCUGUGACCAUCACCAAGUUCCAUUCUCCAGGCACUUUGUAACAGCCAACUUCAGAGCCCUGGGAUGUGCCCUUUAGGAGCCUGUGCCUCAGGGAGCUCUUGGGAAUUAUUUUGUAGGUUCCAGGAAAAAGAGUAGAAGAAGGGAUAGGAAGGUACAGGAGGUGGUUGUGUUUUUCUUUCAUAGACUGAGCUAUUGACUUGGAGCUGGUUUUUGGUCCUAAGGAGUGUGCCCAUGAGCAUCAGGAAAAAGCACUUAAAGACAUUUUGGUCCGCGUGAUUCUCCCGAAUCAAGUAUCUCUGGGUGUUCCACGUCUCUAAGGGAUAAAUAUGUUAACUUAAGAAUUACAGGAAAAGCUACAUGAUCAAGCAUGGAAGCAGGAACCAUUGGUAGGGUGCAGAUUUAAUCUGGGGCUAGAGAAGAAGAAAGAGUUUGGGCAUUGUGUCUUCAUUUGGGACUGGGGUGAAGCUAGUUUUCCUCUGGUCAGGAAGUCUGUCCGAGAGAUCGGAGUUGGCCUGUGGAGAAUGAUGGAGGGGACGUGGACAGAACAGCUUGCGUGCUGGCCGAGCGUGGGAGGAUGGACGAGAAUCAUAAUCACUCACAGUCGUUCUGGACAAGUGUCCUUGAGAGUAGGGGGAGUGGAGAGAAAGGAGGGGGCCGGGGGCAGACAGGAGAGCCGAGUCUCAGGCUCUGGUCCUCUCCUUGGCGGGAAGGCCCACGCCGGACAGCCUGCGCUCUUCCUUCCUCAAAAGUUCCCGCGUUUUCUGACAAGGACAGCCUGGGGGAUGAGAUGUUGGCAGCCGCGCUCCUUAAGGCCAAGGCCCAGGAGUUGGUGACCUUUGAGGAUGUGGCUGUGUACUUCAUCCGGAAGGAGUGGAAGCGUCUGGAGCCAGCUCAGAGGGACCUCUACAGGGAUGUGAUGCUGGAGAAUUACGGGAACGUGUUCUCGCUGGAUGGUGAAACCAGAACUGAGCAUGAUCCAGAAAUCUCUGAAGAUUCAGGACCACAUGGGGUGCUAUUGGGAAGAUUCCAAAAGGAUAUUUCUCAGGGUCUUAAGUUUGAAGAAGCCUAUGAACAAGAAGUCCGUCUGAAGAGGCAGCUAGGGAGCUCCUCUGGAGAGAGACUGAAUAGGAAGAUACAGGAUUUUGGUCAAGUGACCGUUGAGGAAAAGCGGACUCCCAUGGGAGGGAGAAGUGAGAAAUGCAGUGACUUGGGGAGCAGCUUCACUGUGAGUCCCACUCUUGUUUCCCAUCAGAGACUUCCUGGGGGAGACAGACCCCAUAAGUGUGAUGAAUGUAGCAAGAGCUUUAAUCGAACUUCAGACUUAAUUCAGCAUCAGAGAAUCCACACCGGGGAGAAGCCCUACGAAUGCAGUGAGUGUGGGAAGGCCUUCAGCCAGAGCUCGCAUCUUAUUCAGCAUCAGAGAAUCCACACUGGAGAGAAGCCCUACGAGUGUAAUGACUGUGGGAAGACCUUCAGCUGCAGCUCUGCUCUCAUCCUCCAUCGGAGGAUCCACACCGGGGAGAAACCCUAUGAAUGUAACGAGUGUGGGAAAACCUUCAGCUGGAGCUCCACCCUUACUCAUCACCAGAGAAUCCACACUGGAGAGAAACCGUAUGCUUGUAAUGAAUGUGGGAAGGCCUUCAGCAGGAGCUCCACCCUCAUUCAUCACCAGAGGAUCCACACUGGAGAGAAGCCCUAUGAAUGUAACGAGUGUGGGAAGGCCUUCAGCCAGAGCUCACACCUCUAUCAGCACCAGAGGAUCCACACUGGAGAGAAGCCCUAUGAAUGUAUGGAAUGCGGAGGGAAGUUUACCUAUAGUUCAGGCCUUAUUCAGCAUCAAAGAAUCCACACAGGGGAGAACCCCUAUGAAUGUAGCGAGUGUGGGAAAGCCUUUAGGUACAGCUCAGCUCUUGUUCGCCACCAGCGAAUUCACACUGGAGAGAAGCCUUUGAAUGUAAUGGGAGUGAGCAAAAGUUCGCUCAGAGUUACUGCUGAAUUAAAUGUCGGCGAGUCUACCUGAAAGAGAGCCACACAUCUGUCUUCCUCACUUCCUCUGAGUCUCAAGAGCUCCUGCCUUACCAUAAUAGGACGGACAACUUCAGGCGUGUCCCUUCCGACUCAGACCUUUGACCUUAGAGAAUGGGGCAGAUUGGGCAGAUCAUCUUGGUGCAGUGAUUAGUAACCUAGUCAGUUUCCCCAGCAAUGACACCAGCCUUGAGAGAUUAGGAUGCAGGCGGCGGAUUAACUGCCGGGAGUAGUGGGGAGCUCGGGGACCAGUCUCCUUCCGCUUUGGAAGGCAGUUUGCACUAGACCAUUUUUUCUCACACCAGAGGAGCCUUUCUUUCCAAGGUGGAGAUGGAAGCACAGUAGGAAUAAAAUUCCAAGGAUUCCUCUAGUUGGAGUCAGUAUAGUCAGCACAGAAGAAAGUGGAAAGAAUGUUCUGGGUCAUGUUUUUGCUAGGAAGGGGAAAUGGAAGCUGCAUUUCAAAGCCACUGCUUCCAAUCCAGCUAUAAAGUUUGAUAAGGAAUGUGCUAUUUUGUUUCAUGACUCCAUUAAUUACGGAUAUUGGCUGCCGAGGCAUUUGUUAUUUUGUUGGGCGUGGGGAAAGACCCUAAGAGAGGUUUUCUUGGUGACUGUACCCUUCAGGGCUCUUGGAGCAGCGAGACCAAGUUUCCAAGAGCAGUCCGACGAGUUGGGUGAACUCACUCUUUCCUGAUUUGAUAGGACUAAUUGGGAAAUCCAGCUGAUCAGUGAGUCCGACAUGGGGGAAAAGAUCAAAAGCUUUCAGCACUGGCCUCUGGUUCCUUUGUCCUCUUUCCUUCUCCCUCCUCUGACUCCUGUGAUGGAAGGUGAUUUCUUCUAAAGCCCUAGUUACUAAGGAUGCUGUUACAGAGCUCGCACAGCCAGCUUGCCCUGCCCUCUGAUACUGUAACCUAUGGCAUCUGCCCCGCAGCCAGGCCUCUCUUGACCCCACCUCUGACUUCGGCAGCCAAGUAUGAAUGCAGAGAGCAGAGCCCAGAGGAGGAAGCUCAGGGCUCCUUGCUGGGCUGAGAUGGAGCACCCCGAGUUUUCCCAUCUGAAGAGAUGACCUCUCACGACAUAUUCCCAACCGUGCUCAUCCUGUAGCAUCCAUGAAGUACACUAUUAAACAGAAUAGUUUUCCAGAA